AUGACUGUUUGGAGCGUGACAGCACCAACUACCGUUUCUUCGAGGGUACCGGACUACUUCGACACAACAAUAGGCUGGUAUGCCGGUCCAACGCAGACGGGAGAAGCACCAUGGCUCGCGCAAACGAAUGUAGCACCAUUCACUGGAGUCUCAUACAUUCCCAACACCCCACUGGAGACCCAAGUUCCUAUCCAUGGCAACGUUGACAACCGUAACAUUUUCGAGCGCCUCGGAAACUUAAGUCCGUACUUCCCCAAUCCUCGCGGCUUUGGCGUGAAGGAGUACCCGAUGCCUCCAGGCUCCAAUGCGACAUGGGUGAACAUAGUCCAUCGCCACGGCAGCCGGUAUCCGGAAGCCGGUGGGCGAGAAAUCACUCUGGCAAAGAAGAUCAUGGAUGCGAAGGGCAGGUUCACAGCCUAUGGGCCCCUCUCUUUCCUGCAUGACUGGAGGUGGAUGGGCGGAGCCGAAAUCCUGGUCCCAGUAGGAAAGCAGCAACUCUUUGAUUCUGGGACCCUGCAUUACUAUCAGUAUGGGCACCUGUUCCCGAAUAAUGGGAGUAAGAUCAUCGCGAGGAGUACAACGCAGCGGCGUAUGCUAGAGUCUGCUGAGUAUUUUCUAGCCGGGUUCUUUGGGCUUGGCUGGACGCAGAAUGCGACCCUGGAGCUGAUCAUUGAGAGUGAUGGCUUCAACAAUACGAUGGCGGGCUAUAAGGCCUGCAAUCGUUCGAACUGGGAUAUGACGGGCAAGCUUGCGCACGAAUGGGCGGGCGUCUAUCUCGCAGACGCUCAUGAGCGUAUCAAGGCGAAUCUGUCGGGAAACCUGGAUUGGACUCUUGAGGAUACCUAUAACGCUCAAGCACUUUGCGCCUAUGAAACGGUCGGCCUCGGCUUUUCCCACUGGUGUGGGCUCUUCACCUAUGAAGAAUGGGAAGGAUUUGAGUAUUCGCUUGAUAUUGGCUUUGCUGUAGGCUCAGGCUUCCAGUCGCCCGUUGGCCGAGCCAUCGGAAUAGGCUACGUCCAAGAAGUGCUCGCCCGAAUGCAACACCACCUACUCACCGAUCCAGCCGCUCAGAUCAACAUUACGCUCGACAACAACACAAUAACCUUCCCUGUCGACCAAGCUCUAAACCUAGACUUCAGCCACGACAGCAAUAUCAUCAGCAUCCUCACCGCUUUCGGUCUCACCCAAUUCAACACCUUCCUUCCCACCACGCACAUCCUGCACGACCGUGAAUUCGUCCUCUCGCAUGUAGAACCUUUCGCCGGGCGCUUGGACAUUGAAAUCAUCAAAGCACCCGCGCCCGUAAAUGCUAGCCGAUCUGUCUCCCAGCCAGAGAUCUAUGUAGACGGUCCGCCGACCAGCUACGUGCAUUUUGUGCUGAAUCAGCGGACGAUACCGCUGGGAAAGAGUCUAGAGGAGUGUGGGGACAGGGAUGAUGGGUGGUGCGAGAUGCAGACGUUCUUGGAGGUGCAGAAGAAGCAGAUUGAGCUGGCGGAUUAUGAGUAUGCUUGCUUCGGGGAUUAUGAUGCUGGGGAGUACGGGGACGUUACGGAUGGAAGGCCGCCAGACAGGAAAUAA